CUCAACCAACUCCCGACCUUCGGAACCAACAGGGAACAAACGACUGAAACUAGAAUGAACACGGAUUUCACUCAAGACUCGGUUUUACAUUUUCUCCAGAGCAGAGGAGGCUCGGUGAAAAAUUCCGACCUACUUCAGCACUUUAGAGGCUUCCUCCGGGACCAUGCGGAUCAAGUUCGGAAUCGCGAACUCUUCAAGAAGUUCGUCAACUCCGUGGCUACCGUCAAGCAAGAGCACGGCGUCUCUCAUGUUGUUCUCAGGAAGAAAUUUCGAGGUUCGGGACCAAGCGGUGUUUCUGGGACGCCCGUCCAGAGGACCGCUGAGCCGUCACCCUUGAACCCGGCUUGGAGCAAAGAAAAAGUUUUGCAGAAGUCAUUGCCCUUAAAGGAGGUAGCACCCGCUCCGCCAAGAGAAUCUAACUUGAAAAAUGUCCUACCGGUGGCUGGUCUCAUACUGAACAACAACAACCGUGUAGAAACAAAUUUGAACCUGACACCGGAAGCAAGGGAGUUUAGUAGAGAUGAAGCCGCUCCAGCGGUGAGUCACGAUCAAAUCUCAGCCAAAACACAUCCGAGCCCCCAAAGUAGCGCUACGAGACAGCGCCACCCCCAAGCGACAGUAAAACGCGGAGCAAUCGGCCAGCAGGUGCCACCUUCUGGAACCCCAAAAAGCAAAGAGGGGGGUCAUCCCCAUCAUGCUCAGCAACGCCGCACCAGACACAGGCAGAGCUACAAAACUGCAGUCUCCUAUGAUGAUGAGGAAGAGGAUGAUGAUGAAGGGCUCAAUGUGAUGAUGAGCACAUCUGGAGAAGUUGGACCUCUCAGAGGUCACCUUGAACCCCUUGCCGAGUACAGCUCAAGCCAGGCCAUUGCUUCAUCAUCAACAGAGUGGGUUUUUCCAAAAAUUUCGGUAAAGAACAUAGCUGAGGGGCAAGUGCCCCAUUUGGAAUCAGAGCUGCAGCCUAGAGGACCAAAGGUGGGUCCAAAUGUGGUUCCUGUAUCACCCAUCCGGCUUACUCUGCCCGCCGAACAUUCCAUGCCGUCGCCAGACAGAGCUGAAGAUGAGGAGAGACGUUAUAGGCGUCUCUUGGAGCACGAACAUGAUUGGCGUCAUAAUGAAAGGACGUGGUUGUCGAGCAGCCACGACAGCAUCUUCUCCUACCCGUCUGAUGCUGGCUUCUCCAGCUGCGAGUGGGCCGCCAGAACAUCAGGGUGGAACAGCAGCACUGACAAACUGCAGUUAUUAGCAGGUGCUUCUGCGGGUGCCUUUCAAACGCAGGAGGUCAUCCAGCAAAUUUCUGAAGCAAAGCAAGCAUCCAAGACGCAUCACACUGAACUGGAGGUCACAGCACCGUGGCAUAACUCGAAGGGCAAUAUCCUAGACAAACGGGCAUUUGUCACCCAUGUGGCAUCAUUCCAUCGCUCCUCUGACUAUCUUGACCAGCAACAGUAUGUGCCCAGAGGCGUUCCAUGGCGUCACUCCUCAGGUGAUCUCUACGACGACCACGAAUCAAGCGACUGCUCCGCUUCGUCACCUGCGCCACGUCCGACACUCGCCGGGCGCAUCAGCGGUAGUCUGAGGGGCCGGAUGUGCCGCAGCAUGGGUGCCGACCUCAACGAGCUACUGCAGGAGGAGGAGGCGGCGGCGGCUGAAGGCAGAGUAGCAGGGAAUGAAGCAGCGAGGCGGAAGCGCCUCCACCGGAUCUCGUCCUCGCUGAGCCUCCACUACAACCUGUCAUCCUCCUCGCUGUCGACUUGUUCCACACCAUCUCGCUGCAACAGCCUGGCUGACUUGGCCGAGAGGACGGAAGCCAAAGAAAAGGCUGGUGCGCAUCACGAAAGCCCCUGUAGGCAGUCUUUGGUUCCACUAGAGCCCAGAGAACACGCUUGGCUGGUGAAAGGGGCGUCGGGAGCUUGGCCAGACAUCUACUCGCUGUUCCGGGAGGACUGCACUCUUCUCAACAGACGAGACUUCAUCUCUGGUUUCACCAUACUGCACUGGAUCGCCAAACACGGCGACCAUCGAGUUCUCAACACGCUCUGGUAUGGUGUCCAAAAGGCCGGUUUGGCGUUUGACAUUAAUGCCAGGUCAUCAUGUGGCCAAACGCCACUUCACAUUGCAGCCAUCCAGGGCAACAAGAACAUGAUUCGCCUACUGGUCAACAAAUUUGACGCCGACGUGAAGCUGAGGGACACGGCCGGGAAGAGGCCCUGGCAGUACCUGAACCGGAGCGUGCCCUACGACGUCUUCCAAUUGCUGGGAGGAGCGCCCACACGUAACGUCGAGAGAGGAGGGGCAAGUUCCCUCGCGGCGGAAGGUCGAGGUAAACAGAAGCCGCAUCAGCGCAGACGCCAUCGACACCUGUCCUUCGCCUCCCAGGGCGAGAGGCCCAGAACCAUCUCGGGCACCAAGGUCAAACGGUCAUCAUCAAUCGCAGCAUUCUUAAAACAUAAAUCACUGGCUCGCUUUCAUGGAUACAAAUCUGACGGCUGAGGCUCACAUCAGUUUUGUUUUGUUUUGUUUUGUUCUUCAACUGCUUGACUGAACCAUAAAUCUGCAUUUGUGUUGUUUUCACAAAUCUCUUACAAAAAUGGAAAGCUGUUGGAGCUUUCGUUAAGUUUUCUUGACAACUGUCUUUAGGUCUAAUACUAAUAUGCCCUUUGUUCACACUAGUAAGGCAAUUCAGUGCACUGGGAGAAUGACUGAAUCUUGCUAAUAAUGUUUUAUCCGCAACUAUUUGGCAUUGUUGCAUACUAUUUGGAUGACGACAUUUUACCGAUGAAGACAAACUACUGGUGGAGAUUUCAAUGCCACAGUCAAGGUUAAGAGGCCACUAGUGCAUGGCACUUGCUGACUAGUAAAUGUUACUAGCAAAGAUUAAUUGCACACUAUUAGGCCAAAUAUGCCACUGGGAGUGGAUGAAACAUUCGUAGGAAGACACAGACAUUCUACAAAUGCACUGAAUUGACUUGAAUCAACUCUACUGAACAGUUUUUCUAUUCUAGUCUUUGACUGGACAGAGUUCGCUGCAUAUUAAAUGUGUUUCUCAACUGGA